AUGCAGGCUAGUUUAGUUGCGGGUGGCACCAAAAUCUGGUCACUAAAGCGACCUGGCCCGUUGAAUAUCGGUGCUAGUGCAGAUUCCGCAUCUAAGACCUGGGAUAGAGUUGCGAAGAUCCACCAUGACUUCACUUUCGAGAAUUUUCGUGGGGUAAUAGACUUUCCCUCGGGAUCUGCGUUGCGACCCCAGAAGUACGUGGCCCAGGUCAUGAAAUGGCUUCGUAUUCCAAGUCGUAUCUACAAACAGACUUCUAACGAACUCAGUGCGACGAUUGCUCAAACAGCCGGUCGCAGCCGUUGCUAA